GAAAAAACUGAAGUAUUUCCUUAGCACCUUUUAUACCAUUCUGGUUACAAUCAAGUUGACUGCAUGAAAUUACUUAAAACUGUUUGUUAGAAAGAUCCCGUGAUAGAAGAUAGAGAGGUAUUUAAAGAAGAUAAAGCUGUAGAAUCACAAGUAUCAGUAGAUCCUUCUAAUGCUCUAGAAUGAUCUUUAAAUCCAGCCAUUUCAAGUGAAAUGUGUUCAAGUUGUUCUGCCUUCGCACCCACUUCCUUGUAUUUGUGAAUUUUGACUUUCACAUCGGUGGUGCCUUCAGCUACAAUGGCAUCUGGAAAGAGAUCUCUCUUUUUUGCCAUGUCAGCUGACAGCCACCAGCUCCACACUCACUCCUACCAGGACUCGCUAAGUUCUACUUGUCACAGACUCUUGAAUGUCAACAGUCACCCCCUGUCCAAGAGCUCCUCAAAUCUGACCUGUGUUGGGCAAUCAAGUCUAGAGGAAAGGCUAAACUACAAACAGGAGCUGAAGAAAAGCUACAGUAGCACCAUCUGCCAUACCCUGGAAAACAAGAGCGAUGCAAGGAGUGUGCAGAGUCCAGGAUGGUCCUCCUCACAGCCUGGGAGGAUGGGACUUGCAUCAGAGGUCCAAAUCAUAAGUGACCAGUCAGCAAAUGACCGUUCAGAGAGCAGAACUAAGACUACAAACCAUUUCCUUAUCACUGAACAGCCUUCAGCAUCCUGGGAAGUGGGGGAUGCUAAGAUAUGUGUAAAGAGCAGCACCGCUGGGAAUGUUUCUUCAGCCUGUGCUGCUCACCAGCAAAGCAUGUGUGAAAUGCAAGAAUCAAGAACUGCCCUUCAGAGAAGCCACUCAGACCUAACCUGCAGCUGCAAACAGCAGACUUAUGUCACUCACAUAGAAACCAGUGCCACCCACUCCAGCCUGAGCUCUUCUAGCUGCAGACAUGGCCCACCAGGGGCUAGGAUGUCCUUCCCAACACAGAGGUUUGGAUCAGAAACAAAUGAAAACACAUCUCACUAUCAAAACCUUGUGACUCAUCUUCCAGUCCUGCCUAGAGACCAACAAGUACCCACAAACACCUUUGACAGUGGCACUAUUCCGCGUAACACUACUGUUUACACAGAUCCUGGAACGUUUCACGCUGCUGUUCUAGGACACCACAUGCCUGGAAAUGGUUUUCCAAACAGGACAAUGUUCAAUCAAGCCACUGGGAUUAUCCAUGGUGGUCUGACUUAUGGUAAUAUUCCAAACUCUGCAUACUCCCCCAUGGUGAUGGCAGUUCAUAACAACUCUGCAGGGCCCUGCAGUAUAAGGCAGGAUGCCUUGAAGGCAGAUGCCACCAUCCCUGCCUACUGCCACUCCUUGCCCAUCCCAUCCAUACAACUCGUUCCACGGUUGGUGUGCUCCGUAAGUGAGACAGGAAGAGAGCCAGCAGCACCUGGCUAUUUUCAUUCCUUUUCUGCUUCAGACAUUCUGACCUAUCCUAAGCUGGUGUCUUCAGUAAGUGAAUCGGGCCUGGAUGCCAAGAGAGUCCUGAAGUGCUGUAAUGUUCCUGGAGAACAACUGCAGCACGCUCAGCACUGUGCUCAUCAGGAGAGAGCUCCUCCAGAAACCAAGGCUGCCUGCGUUGCCCUCAGCAGCCAGCAAGGUGCAGACAUGGUAGUGACAACUAAGGAUAUGUGGACUAUGACCUCUAUGAAUGAUUUAACCAGAGGACUGAAACCACCUCUUGAGCGUAGAGAUGCCGAGGUACAAACUCUUCCGACCAUGGAAUGCAAAUCUGUGGCUACAAGCCCAGCAGCUGCAGCAGAAGGUCACCCACAUGUGUUCCCAGAGGUGAACCUGGAGCAAGACUUGGAGGCCCCCAAAACUCCAGUACGUGAAGUGAGGUGGGACGAUGAAGGAAUGACAUGGGAAGUGUAUGGGGCAUCUGUGGAUCCAGAAGUUCUCGGGGUAGCCAUUCAAAAACAUCUGGAGUUUCAAAUAGAACAAUUCCAGACAGAGCCUGCUGAGGUGGCUGAGAAAAGUAACGAGGAGCCACCUCCUGAAAAACCAGCAAAAAAAAGGCCUUUCAGGACAGUGAUGCAUUCCCUGAGAUAUCCGAGCUGUUGUGCUCGUUCCAGUACUGCAGUGGAGUGAGCACAGCUGUAGGAUGCAGGAUAGCUGUGCUGCUUUUAAAUUGUAAAUAAAUGCCGACUCUUAACCGAUGACACAGUCCACAUCAGGAUAAGUGGGAGAAGUUCAGUGAUCAUUGAAUAUACAUCAAAGCAAGGAAAAACCUGUGGUUGGGCCAUAUAACAGAGAAUAUAAGCUGGUAUCUACAUCCUGUCAUCCGAAUGCUCUUGACUGUAUGUAAUGUAGCACUGUUUUCUUCUGUGUUAUUUUAAACUGUAUUGUAAGGAAUGAAACUUCUUUUCUAAAUGACGCAUCUUUUUAAAAUAAUGAUGAUUUUUUCUGUAUUUUAAUAAUUUAGGGCUAGAAAACAAAGUUAGAAAAUUAUGCUUUCAUCAAAGUUCUUAGCUUUCAAUCCUACUCCCUUAAAUCGUUUUGGGAGCUUUUGCUGUUAAUUUAUAAAAAUGCUGACUGUAAGCCCACUUUAACUGUAGAAUGACAAACUAGUGUAAUGCUCUAUGACAAAGAAUUGUAACUUUUUCUACGUAACUGUGAAGUAACUUCAGUAUUACUAGUCUGAACUCUUCCCUCUGUGAGCUCACGUACAUUGGAUGCCCCUCCAACUUUCCAAUUAGUUUGUAGUUAUGAUGAAUUACACUAUAAAUAUCCAGAACUGAUGUUUACCAAGCGAUUGACACAAAUGUACAGUAUACCAAAGAUGACUCAUGUAAUGUGAAUUACUUACUGAAUGCUUGUUUUAGAGACAUAAAACAGAAGGUGUUCAGAUUAGUCUGUCACACAUCAUACCCUACAACUCGUAAGCAGUUUUGUUUUGCUUAUAUUAAAAGUAAUUUCCAGUGAGUUCUUUUUAUGUGCAUCUAUCCUGAUCAGUGGUUGUUUGGCUGUUGCAUAAGCCACAGGGGACAGUUUGCAUGUAACCUUUGCUCGUCUUGUGUUUCUUCUCUGGUCUGACAUCAAGCGCCUGCUGAAAGUCAGACCUUGUGUCUUCCCCAAAGUACAGCUCUAAGAUUAUUUGUUCCGAGUGCCUUGGUCAUUUGGGCAGCUUAAAGAUUUAUUUUCUCCUAAAAGCAACUUUGCAAACCAUUUCUCAGUGAGAAACCUUUUAUGAUAGUGUAAUGCAGCCAUGGUGCAGGGCCUGCUUGAAGUGAAAGGUUUGUCAAGGAAGCUGAGAAUACCAUUCCCAGUGUCAUACGUGGCCUUUGGUCAAUGAGCUGUGAUGCAUUAAUUUAAUAAUAUAGAGUGGCUGAAGAUCAAAUUUUCACUCCUGGACAAAGUGGAAUUAAGCAGAGCUGGCUGCUGUGAAAUUUGCUUUGAGUUCAGGAGGCUUCAUUCAGGCCCUGGGACUUUGCCUCAAUGAAGUCUGAGCUCAAAAUGAGUUUUAUACAAACCAAGUCUGAAACCGCUGGAAUAUGAUGCCUUACUCAGGAUGCUUCUAUAGCUCUGAGCAUCCAAGUUUUGAUAAUGAUCCUGGAUGUUAAAAUUCCUUUUCUUUAAGCUUUAAUAGAAGUAAAGAAGUAAUGAGUAGCUAAAUAAAAUCACUCUGCUGUUAUUUAGAGUUUAGCUAAACAGUUUCCAUAUGAACUUAUUUUAUGGCCCAGAGUAUCAAACGCUGAUUUCUCCCUUUCUUCAAAUAUUACACUUUGAGAAUUUCAAGCACUAUGGUGGUCUAAAAGCUUGUGUUGUCUAUUAGCUUGUCGUUGGGUGUGCAGGAGAAUUAAAGAUUUGAAGAGUCAAACUAAACCUUUAAAAUAGCAAGUGUACCUUGUUCCCAUGGCCAUCAUAAUCCAUACUUUUAAGCUAUUUGACGUGUGGAAUAACCUGUAUUCUCUUUCCCACCCCUGCCAAUCCAAGAACCCCUCUAAAAUAAAGCCCCCCUGCUCUAGGAAGGUGAUAAAAUAGGACCAGUAUCAAACUUGUCAGAAAGAGAUAGUUUGCAGAAGGGAUUGGAACAACAUGGCCAAGUCCCUGGAAUCCUUUGGCUGUUGUACUAUAAAAACUGGAACAACUCUUGGAUUUCAUACGGCUCUGGUGGCGAUUAUUUGGGGUUUGUGCAUUGCUGCCACAGUCCUAAAUACUGAUUAUCAUUCCUGGAUGAGAAAAAUAACAAGUAAGGAGAGAGGAUACCAAUGAUUUGCAAGUCCAGAAAAACAGAUGCUCACUUACUACAGUGUUUAGGAUGAUAAUUGGAGUUGUUGUUGUUUAUAAAAAUAGUGUUUAUGUUUGAGGAUUUCCUAUGCUUUUGCAAAGGUUUAAAGUACAACGUAUAUUAAUGGAGAUUUAAGGAAAAAAAUACCAACUGAAACACUAAUCUGAAUAUCAGCUGCAUGGAUAAAAUAAGUCUUUUCUCUUGUAUGAUAGAUGCCUCAAAAAAAAAGGCAAUUUGGAUUCACUUUGCAUUUGGGUUCAAUUUUAAAAAAAAAUUAAAUGCAGCCACAUUGUGUAUUAAGUAUUCUCUGUUUAAGUGUUACUCUUAUAAAUGUGAGAACUCUGAUUCUGUUUUUUAAUGUUUUCUAACUUAGGAAAAUCCAAAUCCAUUACAUUCUAUUUUCAAAUAUGAAUAAAGUAGCAGAAAAGCUCAUACUGGAUUUAUAA